GGCUCGGUCAGCUGAGUGGUAGUCAUGGGACGGAGACCAGCUUCGUCUGGCUUCCUGGAGGACUGGGAGGGAUGAGCGGGGGUCUCCGAGAGCAACAGGACAUGGAAAAGGAGCGGGAGACCCUGCAGGCCUGGAAGGAGCGCGUGGGGCAGGAGCUGGAUCGAGUCGUGGCCUUCUGGACCCAGCACUCCCAUGACCAGGAGUACGGGGGUUUCUUCACGUGCCUGGGCCGUGAUGGACAAGUGUAUGAUGACCUCAAGUACGUCUGGCUGCAGGCGAGGCAGGUGUGGAUGUACUGUCGCCUGUACCGCAAGGUCAAGCGCUUCCGCCGCCCUGAGCUGCUGGAGCCAGCCAAAGCAGGGGGUGACUUCCUGCUGCGCCAUGCCCUGGUGACACCGCCUGAGAAGAAAUGUGCCUUCGUGCUGACAAGGGACGGCCGCUGUGUCAAGGUGCAGCGCACCAUCUUCAGCGAGUGUUUCUACACCAUGGCCAUGAAUGAGCUGUGGAGGGUCACGGGGGAUGCACGCUACCAGAACGAGGCGGUGGAGAUGAUGCAGCAGCUCGUGCACUGGGUGCGGGAGGACCCGUCGGGGCUGGGCCGUCCGCGGCUCCCGGGGGACCCGGGCGCAGAACCCAUGGCGGUGCCCAUGAUGCUGCUGGGCCUGGUGGAACAGCUCGGGGAGGCGGACGCGGAGCUGGCGGCCACCUACGCGGAGCUGGGGGACUGGUGUGCCGGCAGGAUUCUGCGGCACGUCCAGAGGGACGGGCAGGCUGUGCUCGAGAACGUGACCGAGGAUGGCAGGGAACUUCCCGGUUGUCUGGGGAGACACCAGAACCCAGGCCACGCGCUGGAAGCUGGCUGGUUCCUGCUGCGGCAUGCCAUCCGGAAAGGGGACUCUGAACUACGCGCCCACGUGAUCGAUAAGUUCCUAUUGCUGCCCUUCCGCUCCGGUUGGGACCCUGACCAUGGAGGCCUCUUCUACUUCCAGGACGUCGAUGGCCACUGUCCCACCCAGCUGGAGUGGGCCAUGAAGCUCUGGUGGCCUCACAGCGAAGCCAUGAUCGCCUUCCUCAUGGGCUACAGUGAGACUGGGGACCCUGCCUUGCUGCGCCUCUUCUGCCAGGUGGCAGAGUACACCUUCCGCCAGUUCCACGAUCCUGAGUACGGGGAAUGGUUUGGCUACCUGAACCGAGAGGGGAAAGUCGCCCUCACUAUUAAGGGAGGUCCUUUUAAAGGCUGCUUCCACGUGCCCAGGUGCUUGGCCAUGUGCGAGGAAAUGCUGGACGCCCUGCUGAGCCGCGGGGCCCCAGGCCCUGGCCGUGGUGCCCGCGUAAUAAAGCUGAGCCUAGUCUACCUGUGCGUGCACGCGCGUCCGUGGGGCCAGGGGAGGGGGGGGCGCCUUGGCGGUCACCUGCUCGCCUCCGCAUUGGCUCGCCCGGGUCGCUGGAUCGCUUUCCGCAUUGGCCUACAUCGUGUGCUGCCAACCCCGCGCGCUGGACCGCCCUGCGCACUGGUCUACCCCGGGCAAUGGCCAGCCCUGCGCAUUGGCCUAGCGCCCAGGAGGGCGGGUCCGGUGGCAGCGCAUAUCCGGUCCGUGGCCAGUCCCGGCGCGCACCGCCCCUUCCGCCGCCGUCCCCCCGAGCCCGGCUCCAGCCCCGCCCGGCAGCACCGGUGUCGCUACGGAGCGCGGCGGUAG